AUGAAGCGAAUAUAUGUGAACAAAAAAAUGUGGCACAUUUGUGUGAGCAAAAAAAUAAAGCAAAAUGACAUUCCGCAGCUCCGCAAAAUUGUAACUUUUCUUAUAAAAAGGUAUCCCCUGAAAAAGGGGGGAAAAAUACAUCACCUGAACAAACAUGUGUAUGUAACUCUCGUCGUAUACAUCGUGAUUCACCGAAAUGGAAGAAACUUGGCCCACGUUUUUACUCGAUUUUUGAAUGGCAUUAUUGUUAAGUACCUUGGAACGCUGUUCCACGUUGUAAGCAACAAAUUGUGCAUGCGGGGAAAGGGCACAGGAGGGAGGACGCACAACGGCGUGUACUACACCCACUUGUGGAGCUCGCUACACAGUAGUAGGGAGGUACCUUCAAGAAGCACCCUAAGGUAUGUCUUCAUAAGGGCGCAUUUGAUAAGCACGUAUAGUGUUGUCUACGCCUAUGUGAGUGAUACUGUAGGGCGGGAGCUUGCUUUUCCCCGUGGUAAGCGCACGAAAUGUGAGCGUCAGCAGGGUGAGGUCUACCCAUUAGAGGGUAACCUGUGGGGUGAUUUCCCCCAUCGUGUACAUGUGCACCUCCUUUUCAACCUCGCCAAGUAUAGCCCCGCCUCCCAGCUGCAGAAAGAGUUGCUUAAAAAAAGGGCAAAACACGAACUCCUAAAAGGGGUGGUGGGAACCCGUUUUGGUGACCUGAGAAGGAAUUUUCCACCCGGAAAGGCAGCCACAAUGCCAAGUAGCCACACCUAUACUCUCAUCGGUCCAUCUCGAAAACGGCAUUUCGUUCUGUGCAAAUCUUUUUACUCACGUGUUACACAAUUUAUAAAUCAAAUGAAUGGCAUGGCUCUCAAGUAUAGGACUGGCGGGAAGGUCAUGGCCCACUUCUACAGUUUCCUUCAAAGAGAGACAUUCAAAAGUGAGGCUUCUAAAAAGUUCGCAAAAAUAGUUAGCUUCUAUUUUAUGAAGCAUCCUAAAGGGGUGCCACAUACACGUGCAGGUGACAAAAUGGUUAAGCAGUGGAAUGGGAGAGGAGAUGAAGGUACUGACUCCACUUCACUGAGCAUCAUCAAGAGGGGGAACAUUACCCAUCGAGGGGGACACAUGGACAAAUUUUCAAGCGUCCUCAUCACAGCUAUCCUAGGCAAACAAAUGGAGGGACAACGACCCCAGAUGGUUUGCACAAAGAAGAAAGUAUAUCACUACAAUAAGUCGACCAGGCGUAUUAAAAUUCGAUACGAUCAUACACGCAACAACGAGCGAAGGUUUGGCGCUCCGCACACCAUCUGCACAACUCACCCAGUCAGGUCAAAGGAAAAGGACACAAAUGAGGAAGACUUCCACCUAGAAAUGGAGCUGCUUAAAAAGUGCUGCCACUACCAAAGGGUGAUACGCCAAAUGUUAAAGAGACGUAAACAAGUCAUGAAGAACAGGCAACACGAUGAAGAGGGAAAAAAUCAUCUUAGUUAUUGUUUUUUCACGCAAAUGAGUGAUCUCCAACUAAUACGCAAUUGGAAGAAAAAGGGUACAACGUGCAUGAGGGAAAAAUUGACACACAAAGGAUUAAACGAGUGUCACAUCAACAGGUACUGUGCCCCCCACAAAGGAGUAUUAACAGUUGCACGUGGCACGACUACAGUACGUGCAUCGGCUGUGUCUCAUCUUAGGAAGCCAAAUGGGGGGAAGCUCAGCCCUAACGAACAAAUAACCCACCUGUUAAAGGAAAAGACGUCCCUUUUAACCCUCUGCGAGAGGGCUAAACGUGUAGUGCUUCUCAUCGAAAGCGAACACUUUGAAGUAAUCACAAAAUGCAUGCAGAGUAUGAAAUGUUUCACGCAUACGUAUGGGGAGAGCUUUCUACUAGUCCUGCAUCUAUUGCGACGGCAAAAUGUGGGUUCCAAGACAAAUGCUGCUGUAAUAGUUCAGCGUAGAGGGGGACAUUCUAUGAGAAAACGUAACAAGCGAGGUGGGAACAGAUUAGGCAAGAAGUACCCAUCACAUAUUGGAAGUGAGUUAUCCCCCGAGGAGCUUCACUCCUUUAUAUAUCUCUUCACACGAGUGUUUACUUCGUAUGUCUUUUUACUUUUUCACGCUCUGCGCAAGUACAAAGGGGAUAUUCAAAAGAGAUUUAUUCUGCUAAGAAUUGCAAUUAUCAACAAGCGGGGCAUAUCCUACAAAAGGGAAAAGCAGGAUGGAGUGCCAAUAGAGACAGGGAUGAAACUUCCAUCUGCAACAAACGUGGUGAUUACCAGAAAAGAGAAAAGCGAGUACUACCAAAGCUUAUUUAUCUCGCUCAUGUGUAAACUUUCUAGCAGUGCUAACUCUGCUUUUGUGCCAUUUUGGAAGAAUGGAUCCCAUGUGAAGGACAUACAACUUAUCCUUGUCCACCUCCUUCAAACCCUUUUAAGAAUCAUAAGCAACAGUCAUCAGAAGAGGGGCAGUACCUAUUUGGGAAAAAAAAAAAAUGAAGGCUGCACACAUUUUGAGGUAAAACUUGAGCGAGUAGCACAUCUAGUGGAGGAGCAAAUUUUGUGUAUUCUUUUAAAAAAGAAAUUUUGUUCCCACUUUGAAGAACUCCUCAUACAGGGUAAUGAGACUGGGGAGGGGAAGCCCCUUAGUAGAAGUCCCCUCAAGUGGGCAGAGUAUAUUGCUCACCAAAUAUUGAACCACCGAAAGAGCAAACGGAUUUGGCUUCGAAAAUAUUAUAAGAUGUAUUUGCAUUUCAUGAGAUAUAUUGAAAGGGGUCACAUUUUCAAAGGCGACAAACUGGUGCCUCUACACAAGAGACAUUGUUUCUCAUUUCCCAAUGGCGAGAAAUCAUUUCGGGAAAAAGGAAAAAGGACAUGGUUGUCCCAUUUUAAAGAAAAAUUUCGAAAAGUAAAAAACGAGUUUUACAUGCACAUGGUGGAGAAGUACUUUCUGCUCUUCACAAUCAUGUCUUCUGCAAAAAGAUCCCAAGUGGUCACCCCCUUUUUGAUGAUAUUUUUAAAAAUUUUGUUUUCCCUAUCGGAGCAGAAGAAUUUCCUUUUGCAGUUUUACUUUUACAGAGUGAGAAUUUUGGAAUUCCUGCUUCACUGCAUUGGAGGAAGUGGUGGUGGAGACCACGCGGACGGUUUUGCACCUAAAGAAGUUGACAUGCGCAAGCAAAGGGAGGAACAAUCUCUUCAUAUUCAGGGAAAAAGGCACACCAGUGGGAGCAAGACAAACGAAGAAGAUAACCACCUCAGCAUUGUCAGCCCCCCGUCAGGAAACCCUAAUAGUGAGCAAAGUAUAAAAGUGAGGAAACAAAUUUUUAUUCGCCCCCUUGCAUUAAAUCGUCUUCAUAGCCGCUCCCCAAAAUAUUUCGUCCAGAAGAAGUCCCCCAUUUUGGAGGAUCGGACCAACCAAUUAUGCACCGCGCUAUCCUCAGACAAACAUCAUCACCAAUAUGGUCGUGGAAAUUUGACGCGCAAAACGAAUGGAAAGGUACACCUUUCUCAGGAUGGAAUCGAUUUGGUAUCGAGAAAUGGGUCAGAUUGUCGGGGGGAAGACAAAUGGGAGCAGGUUGCACAAAUUGGGAAUGCAAUCCAAAAUAUCGACGUCGCCACAUGGACAGUCCUCUUGAUAUUCUCCCUCUGCACAUCGUACACUAGGAAGGAUCUGAACUGCUUCUACUUCAAUGAGAAUUACUACGGCCAGCAUGAACACGUUCUACACAAAAUUGAAGAGCGCAUUGGCGUCCCCCGAGGGAAGACGUGCAGUUUUCCCAAAAUUCCCCGCAAGUACGCCCCCCUUGACGAACUUAUAAACGCGGAGGACAUACCGAUCAUGAAGGUCCUGCAGCUUCAUUUGAACCAACAAAAUGCUCAAAAGCUUCUGCGCCGCUUAAAAAAAUGCAUACAGGGGAAUGACCCACUGCAAAUGCUGUACAACCUUGCCCUUGUUAGCAACAUGAAGUAUUUGCAUUUUCUGAGAAAAAUAAAUGAAGACGGGAAUGGAACGGUACACUUAUGUUCGCAUUCAAUUUUCCCACAUAAGCCAUUCAUUAUAAAGUUGAUAAAGAUACAGAAGCACAUCAAUGAAAAUUACGCUUUUAAAAAUAUUUUCGAUGAAAUAAAAUGCCUCCGAACAUUUCAACAUGUGCAUGGAAACAUAUGCCAAAUGUAUCAAUACGGGGUUAAAAAAAAUGGCGAUUGUAGAACCUUCACAUAUUACAUACUAAUGCAGCAUUAUGACGAUAAUUUAAAAAAUUAUAUAAAUUAUUUACACCAAGAUUACUUGCUAAGAAGAGAAAAAAUUGUGUGUGCAAAUUUGUUGCCCGUUUUGGGUCUCCAGGGAAUGGACAAAAAUGGACAUUUACUGUUCAGGAAAAAAAAAAUAUUAAAAACCAUAACAAAUGAAAUGCCACAAUGGAGGGGACAAUACAAAGAAGGACAAUACAGAAAAAUGAAUUUAUCAUUAUAUUAUGCCAUGUUGAGAAAGAGUAUCCGUAUGAGGGUAAUCCAGUUAAAAUACGUGGCGUAUGUUUUGCGGUUGUUCAAACAAAUUGUAAAAACAGUUAUGCGCAUACAUAAAAGACGCAUAACCCAUUUUGACAUUAACUCCAGUAACAUUUUGGUAAAUUACGACGGAUCUGAUUUGUCGCCAUUAAAUAAGAAAGCUCAUUUGGAUAGGUUUCCACGUCGUCGGAAUGGACUCCAAAAGAAGGGAAAAAACGCUCCCGAAUUGGGAAACAACCCCUCUUCCUCCUUGUUUGCACCCCGGAUGAGUUACCUGAGUCGUUCAGGCAAAAAAGUAAAAAAGAUACAAAUGGAAGGAAUGGCGAAAAUUGGAAGCACACAGGAAAUUUUAAACCCAUUGGAGAAUAACACAACGGGGGGGAUGAAUCUGGACAGAAUGAGCAUCGUGCCCACUUUGCAGUGUUGUGCUACACCUGUCCAAAGGAGAUAUAUGCCCACUAUGGGUGAAGUUCCUAACCUUCCAUCCAUCGUCAUUAACGACUUUGGAGAAAGUAAAGCCUUUUUCAGCAAUAAGGAUUUCCUAUUUUUUCGAACAAGCAGGGGACACGAAAUGAUGGCUGCGCCCGAGUUGAUGAAAAUGGGUGCGGGGAAAGAAAAGUGGGGAGGGGACACUGCCACUGAUAAUCACGUGUUCCGCUGCAGAACUGUGGGUUUAGCAACAAACCGGCUGCGCAGAGAAGGAGCCCACAAUCGAAUUACAACCAAUGUAGCGAACUUUAAAAUUGUUGUCCGGAUGGAAAGCAACCAAAGCAUUAUCGGCUUGAAGAAGAAAAAAAGUCAUAGCAAUGUAGGAGGAAGCGAUCUCCAUAAAUUGACCAUUCGGAAGGCGUCCCCAUUUCGAUGUUACAAACAGAUUGACGAAAUGAAGAGAAUGCUAAAAAAGAAGCUGUUGAAGAGGAGAACCUGUCACAGGAGAAGACGAGACAUUCAAAAAAGCGACGUGUGGUUACUUGGAUUUCUACUAUUCGAGAUGAUUACAAAUGAAGCAUUAACAAAUGAGUGCAAUAAUAUAUUUUUGUACAUAAAGAUUGAUCAGAGGAAAGACCUACUCGAUAAAAUGAUUAACAAAAAAAUUGACAAUAAUUUGAAAAAAAUUAAAAAAUUUUUCCAUUUUUUUUUCCAAUUUGACGUCAGAAAGAGGAAAACUAUGGAAGAAAUAUAUGUACACUGUGGCCAGCUCUAUCUUUAUUAUGACGCAAAGUUAAAGAGGCAUAGCGAAUUGCUAAAACGGAUCGAGGGAACAGGUGUGAAUAGUGUCUUUCCAGGGGAAAAACCUCAUAUGCUCAAUGAGAAGGGUGUCUUCCCUACGCGAGGGACGAAUAUUCAACCGUUGUUCCCGCAACACGUGGUAGUAAAAAGGAAGGGGAAUUACUCACUCCACACUUUGGAGUCUGCUGGUCAUUUAGUUACAAAUUAUCAGAAAGGCAAUGAAAUUCGAACCAAUGACAAGAAUAAGUUCGUCUCUUAUAUCGUUAUGAAGAACGGACAGUACGCAGAGCUGCCGCUCAACGUAUGUUACCCAUCAUGUACUAAUGGGCGCCCAUUCGAAAGGGUGCAAUCUGUGCGAAAUGCCAAAAUGCUGCUCCACGGGCUGGCUACACAUAACAUACUGAAGUUGGGCAAUGUUUACCUCAUUGCUCACAUGGACAGGGAAGCAAAAGACUUUAUCGGUUUGCCGUACUUGGGAGAAAGCACAGUUUUUGUUUUUCCCCCCAAGAUGAAUCAACAGCUAAUUUCUCUUUAUAACCAGAGGAAGAGACACAUUACGCGUAUUCCCAAUUUGAAUUUAAAAAAAAAACUGUUUUAUAAGAAAAACAAACACACAAAAAAUAAAUUUUUUAGGCAUCUCAACAAACUUACGGGGAGAGGUAGCCCCACGUGGAGCCACUUCUGUGAACAUAGCAAAAUGAAGAUCUACAAAAAUAAGAUGAAAAAUUUUGCUCAUUUUUUUGUUUUUUUUUUUAUGAACAUUCAGGUAAAAAUUCACCAGCUAGCCAAUUCGACGGAUAAAAAAAAAACUUUUUUUUUUAUUCUGGGAAAUGAAAAAAGUGACUACUAUGUUAACUCGGUCGAGAAAAUACAUGCAUUGAAGCACUAUAAUUGCGCAAACCUUUUUUUGUUUUGUUUUGUGUGUGCCACGUUGCAGGCAGAUCCAGUGGAUUUGUUUUUCCUUAUGCAAACGAGCGAGUCCUUUUCUUUGUCAGAAAUGGACAUGGACUUGCUGCGACUGCUUAUGCGCACCUUUUUUUUUUUAUGUUAA